AUUAUGGGACAAAAAAUAAAUCCGCUUGGUUUCAGACUUGGUACAACUCAAAGUCAUGAUUCUGUUUGGUUUGCACAACCAAAAAAUUAUUCGGAGAAUAUACAAGAAGAUAAAAAAAUACGAGAUUUUAUCAAAAAUUAUAUACAAAAAAAUAUAAGAGUAUCUUCUGGUGUCGAGGGAAUUGGACAGAUAAAGAUUCAAAAAAGAAUUGAUCUGAUUCAAGUCAUAAUAUAUAUGGGGUUUCCAAAAUUAUUAAUAGAGGGUAAGCCUCAAAAAAUUGAAGAAUUACAGACGAAUAUGCAAAAAAAACUGAAUUGUGUGAAUCGAAAACUAAACAUUGCUAUUGCAAGAGUUGCAAAUGCUUAUAAACACCCUAAUAUUCUUGCAGAAUUUAUAGCUGGACAAUUAAAAAAUAGAGUUUCAUUUCGUAAAGCAAUGAAAAAAGCCAUUGAAUUAACCGAACAAGCGGGUACAAAAGGAGUUCAAAUACAAAUUGCAGGACGUAUCGAUGGAAAAGAAAUUGCACGUGUUGAGUGGAUCAGAGAGGGUAGGGUUCCUCUACAAACCAUUCGAGCUAAAAUUGAUUAUUGUUGCUAUACAGUUCGAACUAUUUAUGGGGUUUUAGGAAUCAAAGUUUGGAUAUUUCUAAAUAAAGAAUAA